AUGACCACCCACCCACGACACAAACCCACCCUUACCCAUAAACCCACACCCACCCAACCAAGGCACUACUGGUCUCCUCCACCUGUUAUCAAGGCACAACCACAUAUCCAAGGCGGUGGAUCUCCCAAUGGCGCUCACUUAAGAUGGAGAUGGCUUGGUACGGAUGUGGAGUCUACAUUAGCUAAAAUUGUGGAAGAUGUCAUAUGUAUCCACGAUGAAGGGGUUUUUGGAUCAUUGACUGGUUUCUAUGGAUCUUAUCAUCAAUUUCAUGGUUGGUUUUGCUAUUCUGUCUAUUACUUUGAUUGA